CUUCCGAGGUCAUUUUACCCGACGCGCCUUUAGGGUGCAGGCCCGGCGAGCGUCUGGAGGAGCUGAUGCGCCGGCCGUCAGCAGAGUUUAGGGGGAAAUGACCCCCCUCUCUGCCCCUUCCCCGCCACGGGCCACCUUCUCCUCCCGCUCUCUAGCUCGCCUGGUGUCUAAAGACGCGCGGAGCGCCGGGGCGGCAGCCGAAGCUGCGAACGGUCCGGCUAGGCCCCGCCGGUGUUUAAAGGCGCGCAGAGCGUGGGUGCGGGAGCCGAAGUGGCGGACGGUCGGGCUAGGCCCGGCCGCGCAGGCGCCAUGCUGCUCCGGCGGGUAUACAGCGCUCGCCGCGUAAUUCGAGGCUGCAACGGAUCCCAGACAUCUGCCAUCCCUCCCAGCAAGCGGGCCCAUCCUGCGGAGGACGGCGGCCCGCGGCUCCGCUUUGCCCGGCUCUCAGAGCACGCCACAGCCCCGACCCGGGGGUCGGCGCGGGCGGCGGGCUAUGACCUGUACAGUGCCUAUGAUUACACAAUUCCACCCAUGGAGAAAGCCCUUGUGAAAACGGACAUUCAGGUCGCCCUUCCUUCUGGGUGUUAUGGAAGAGUGGCUCCACGUUCUGGUUUGGCUGCAAAACACUUCAUAGACGUAGGAGCUGGUGUCAUAGAUGAAGAUUAUAGAGGAAACGUUGGUAUUGUGCUGUUUAAUUUUGGCAAAGAAAAGUUUGAAGUCAAAAAGGGUGAUCGAAUUGCGCAGCUCAUUUGUGAACGAAUUUUUUAUCCAGAAAUAGAGGAAGUUCAAGUUUUGGAUGACACCAAAAGAGGUUCAGGAGGUUUUGGUUCCACUGGAAAGAAUUAAAACUUAUACGAAGAAUAGAAAAU